CCAAGAGCAAAGCAUAACCUUAUCCCCAAUCACCAUUUACAGGAGAACGCGGCAUCACCACAACAACUCUAACAUUAUCCCUUUCUUUCAAACACCCCAAAAUGUCUAAACCCUGGAUUCUCCUCUGCCCUUCCUCGCGAGGCAUCGGCCAUGCCUUAACCCGACACCUCCUCCGAACCACCACCCUCCCGAUCCUAGCCACCACCCGCACCCGCGACCCGGAAGAGACUAAAGCCGCCUUACUCAAGGACUUGUUCCCUAAUCCUCAACCUCAACAGUCUUCCCCACCCACCGAUUCCUCAUCAUCCGCCGCCAAAGCUACCGGCCCGGGCGUAGCACCUUCCAGCAAAAUCAGCGAUUCCUCCUCAAGCGAUACGUAUCCUUAUCCCUCCCCGCCAGAACACAGCAGCAGCAGCAGCAGCAGCAGCUCCGCCGACUCUUCUUCUUCUUCCGGUGAUUCUGCCACUUCUUCUUCUUCUUCUUCUUCGUCAGCCACAUUUUCAUCCGCCGCCGCAGUCUCCUCCCGGCUACACCUCCUCCCCCUCGACGUCUGCCACGAAGACUCCAUCCUCGCCUGCGCACAAAAGGCCUCCUCCCUCUUUCCGCCCGAGACGCACCACCUGCACCUAGCUUUCGCCCUCCCCGGGAUCCUGCACCCAGAAAAGUCCGCAGCGCAAGUCGACUACGACCUAGCGCUGGACACGUACCGUGUGAAUUGCCUGGGCCCCCUCAUGCUAAUGAAGCAUUUCGGUUCCUUUUUACCUCGAAAGCGGACAGAAAUUCUUCUUCAAGAUAACGAAGACAAAGGACAGCUUCCCAAACACCACGCCACAUGGAUCAACAUGUCGGCGCGCGUGGGCAGCGUGUCGGAUAAUAAGUCGGGAGGGUGGUACUCGUACCGCAGUUCCAAGGCGGCGGUGAAUAGUCUGACGAAAUCGUUUGAUCAUCAGCUUUUCAGCAGGAGUGGGGACAAAGCGAUUUGUGUGGGGUAUCACCCGGGCACGGUCAAGACGGAUUUGAGUAAGGGGUUUUGGGAGAGUAGUGUGAAGAGUGGGAGGAAGUUUUGGGAAAGCCCGGAGGAGGCGGCGGGGAAUAUGGCGGGGGUGGUUGCGGCGCUGGAGGAGAGCCAGAGGGGAAGGAUUUGGGAUUGGAAGGGGGAGGAGAUUUUGCCUUGAGAUCUGAGUCGGUUGAGUGUCAGUGUGUAUGAACAUGGAUGGGAGGUGGGCGAGGAGGUGGUUGAAAGAAACAACGGAAGUGCCUAAGCAUAGAGUGGGAAGUGGUCGUUGUGAAGGAUAAAGUGCAUAAUUGUUAUAAUUAGAUUUGUUUUUCUUUUCGGUUGUUUUGGUAUCCGGUCAUGGUGAACAAUCGAAUCUCUGAAAGAUGGGCAGUUAUCUAUCUUCGUUAUUCCCUUUCCCAUGUAUGUAUGUUAUCCAUCACUUCGUUAUGCCUCUUUCAGAGUAUCUAUCCAAGCAAAGCACCCACCAUCCAACAUGCAAUAAACGGCAAAUCCACA